AUGUACGCGCAACUCUCGAAAGAAUACGAACGAACUAAAAAUCUCCUUUUGGAAUUGAAGAGGCUCAGUCUACAAGUGACCGAAUAUCCGGGGGCAUAUUCAAACCAGCCGGGGACCUCGGGGAACCCAUCGCAUACACGUCACUGUACAACACCGACAAAUACGACGGGGAACGGAAAGCAUGCUCUGGACGUCAUCGAGGAACAGGAAAGUGAAGUUCCUGCUGAAUCUGGUCGAACGGAUAGUCACACAGACAAUCCUCCGACCCAGAUCGAUAUCACUGUGACGAGCCCCGAACGCAUGGAAUGCCAAAUCGAACGACUGCGUGUCAAUUCGGCACAUCAACGUAAAUGUGAUCAAUUGUUGUGCAAAAUGGUCAGUGCUCGAGAGUCCUUGUCCAAAAAACUUGCCGAGUUGAAUGUCCAAGAUCCGGAGGAGGUGAAAACAGAAUCGAAGCCGCCGGCAACGGAAACUGACAACUCGGCGGGGACGGAACCCAAUGGGGACAAAUCGUUCACAGAGAAAAAACACGAUACACUAGUCGUGGAUCAGACGACAGAUACCAGUUCCCCUGUGUUCCCCCUGACCCCGAAUCCCUUGUGUCACUAG